AUGGAUCCCACGGCCAUUCAAGCUGACAUGGGGCUGAUUACCAUCGUGGACACUCCCGAAGAAUGGGCAGACAUGCAGGGUCUGGUUCUCUCCGAAUUUCAAAUGAGACAGCAGGGCAUUCGGGUGACUGAUUUUGCAUAUCACGAGCUGGUCAAGAUGCGGCGCUUUCGCCUUUCAUACAAAGCGCACAAGCGCCGCAAGACCGCCGCGCACCGCAAGGAGGAAGAACGUGAGAUGCAGCUUAUGCAAGCCCAGAGCAAGCGCGAUGACGAGUACCUCGCUCGGAUGAAGAACGCCUUGGAAAAGAAAAUGAUGGAAGACCAGGAGUUUGCCCUUCUGGUUGCACAGCGAGACGUCUUCACCGCCGACACGAAAGUUGAGGAGGCUCCCGGUUUGAACGGAGUGGUGCUUCCUGAUGGGCUUUCAAUUCUCUCACCGUCGUCUUCAGCUACUCCCAAGCCGGACGCUGCGGUGGAUUAUUCCGAAUUCAGCACUGCAGAUACCGGGAAUCACCACAAGCCGGGACCGGAUGGCACAAUCCUGCACUACCGAACUUUGAUUGCGUGGAACGAGGCGACAAAUGUUACCACCUAUCAUGAAGUCCCCAUUACCGAGGAAGAAUACCAGCGCCAUCUGAAGAAGCAACAGAAGCAACACCAGCAGAAGCAAGCUUUCUGCCACGGCCACCCUGGUCAUCUUCGUCUCGGGCGAUACACCUGCUGCGGUAAAGGUAUCGGUAACUUUGGCUGCCACCAAAGUCCUCGUCACGGCGCGACCCAAGCCGUGUGGGAGCUCCAGGAGGACUUCCAGCUUCAUGAAACUCCCCAGGAUUGCAAGCACGCACGCCGUUGCAUUGCUCUGGACUGCGAAAUGGGUCUGACUGAUAUGGGAGAGCCCGAGCUCAUUCGCGUCAGUGCGGUCGACUAUUUCAGUGGCGAGACGCUGCUAGACGCGCUCGUAUUCCCCAAGGUCAAGAUGUGGCAUCUCAACACUCAGUACUCGGGUGUGAGCUGGCCGAUGCUUUACGACGCCCACCUAAAGGACAACACCAUUGCUGGGCGCGACGUGGCCCGCCAACUGCUGUGGAAUUUCGUGGGACCUGAGACCAUUGUCAUCACCCAUGGUGGCCGUGAAGACUUCCUUGCCUUGCGCUGGCUCCACCCCAAUGUGAUCGACACUUUGGAGUGUGAGGACCGACGAUUUGACCCGGAGCACCCUCGCACUUUGAAGAAUCUAGCCAAAGUCCACCUGGGCCGCGAGAUUCAGCGCACAGGUCGGGGACAUGACAGCCUGGAGGAUGCUCGAGCCUGCCGUGACUUGCUUCAUUGGUACGUCCAGAAUUUGCCUGCCAAAAUGAAGGUGAAGGUGGUGCCCCCGGUCUAUGUCCACGUGAGCUGGGAGGAUAUUGUGGCAAAGGGGGUUCCAAGCACGGGGAUCGAGUGGAACCCGUCGUGA